AUGGAAGCGUUGAUACCUGUGAUAAAUAAGCUUCAAGAUGUGUUUAGUACAGUUGGAGCCGAUGCCAUUCAAUUACCACAGAUAAUAGUCGUUGGAACUCAGAGCUCUGGGAAGAGUUCUGUUAUAGAAAGUUUAGUCGGACGAUCCUUCUUGCCUAGAGGCGUUGGUAUUGUUACCCGUCGCCCUUUGGUUUUGCAAUUGGUUUAUUGUCCUAAAGGAGAUAAUCAGCACAGGUCAGCAGAAGAUGGAACAUUAGAUUUAGAAGAAUGGGGAAUGUUUAUGCAUACAAAAAACAAGAUAUAUACGGAUUUUGAUGAAAUAAGGACAGAAAUUGAAAAUGAAACUGAGAGAAUGGCUGGCAAGAAUAAAUGCAUUUGCCCAGAACCAAUAAGUCUUAAAAUUUAUUCAACUCGAGUAGUGAAUCUUACUCUAGUAGAUUUGCCAGGAAUUACAAAGGUUCCUGUUGGAGACCAGCCAGAAGAUAUUGAAUCGCAAAUCCGUGAUCUUGUUCUGAAAUACAUUGCUAAUCCUAAUUCUAUUAUUCUUGCUGUUGUAACUGCUAAUGCGGAUAUGGCAACUAGUGAAAGUCUCAAGUUGGCUAAAGAAUGUGAUCCAGAUGGGCGUCGCACUCUUGCUGUUGUUACCAAAUUGGAUCUUAUGGAUGCUGGCACAGAUGCCAUUGACAUAUUAUGUGGACGAGUAAUUCCUGUAAAACUUGGUAUAAUUGGUGUCGUAAACAGAUCACAACAAGAUAUAAUGGAUAAUAAAACCAUUAGAGAUGCUUUGAAAGAUGAAGCUGUGUUUUUGCAGAAAAAAUAUCCUACUCUUGCAAAUCGUAAUGGAACCCCAUACUUGGCCAAAACUCUCAAUCGCUUGCUAAUGCACCACAUCCGUGAUUGCCUGCCAGAUUUGAAAACAAGAGUUAACGUUAUGGUGUCACAAUUCCAGUCACUACUGAAUUCUUAUGGUGAUGAUGUAUCUGAUAAGAGCCAAACAUUGUUACAAAUUAUCACAAAAUUUGCCUCUGCUUACUGUGCCACCAUUGAGGGGACAGCAAGAAACAUUGAAACCACUGAGCUUUGUGGAGGAGCUCGUAUCUGCUACAUUUUUCAUGAAACUUUUGGAAGAACCCUGGAUUCAAUUCAUCCUCUAACAGGAUUGACAAAGAUGGAUAUUUUAACAGCAAUCCGCAAUGCCACUGGUCCACGCCCUGCAUUAUUCGUGCCAGAAGUGUCCUUUGAACUACUUGUGAAGCGUCAAAUACGCCGCUUAGAGGAACCUUCUUUGCGCUGUGUAGAACUAGUACAUGAAGAAAUGCAAAGGAUUAUCCAACACUGUGGCACAGAAGUUCAGCAAGAAAUGUUACGAUUUCCAAAGUUGCAUGAAUGCAUUGUGGAUGUUGUUACCCAGCUUUUAAGACGGCGGCUACCGGCUACUAACUCGAUGGUUGAAAAUAUUGUUGCAAUAGAGUUAGCAUACAUAAACACUAAACAUCCAGAUUUUCAUAAAGAUGCAACUGUUGUUUCGUCUCUACUGAAAUCUGUUGAGGAAGAUGACUCUUCAAUAAAAGUAGUCAAUAAAAAUAAAUUUCACAGUAAUGUACAGCCAAAUUUGGUGGGUGAUGUUGGAAAAGACAUGAUGAAAAAUCAAGUUCCACGUGGUUUAGGGAAUGAUCCUACAAACAACACUGCAGGAUGGUUGGCUACAAUAUUACCAGCUAGUCGAGGUGAUGUCAAAGAUAACUCAACUGAAAAUUCUGGUAGUCCUCAAUCUGAUAGUGGGAAAAAUGUGUUGAGCCCACAAAAACCUGUGAAUUUGCUUCCUGAUGUAUCAAUUCAAGCAAGCAGAAAGCUCUCAGAUAGAGAACAAAGAGAUUGUGACGUCAUAGAACGACUAAUAAAAUCUUAUUUCUAUAUAGUGCGCAAGUCCAUUCAGGAUAGUGUACCAAAAGCUGUAAUGCAUUUUCUAGUUAAUUUUGUGAAGGAUAAUUUGCAGUCUGAACUUGUUACACAUUUGUAUAAAUCAGAUCAAGCGGAUGAGCUUUUAAAUGAAUCUGAACAUAUUGCACAACGUCGGCGGGAAGCAGCUGAUAUGUUGAAAGCACUGCAGCGUGCUAACCACAUAAUUAGUGAAAUUCGUGAAACCCAUAUGUGGUAA